GAAAAGAUGCUCACCAUCGUUAGUCAUUAGAUGCAAAUCAAAGCCACAAUGCAAUACUGCCUCAUACCCAUGAUGGCUAAAAUAAAAAAGAUGGACAAUAACUAUUGGCAAGGAUGUGAAGAAAUUGGAACCCUCAUACACUGCUGGUGGGAAUGAAAUGGUGCAGCCACUUUGGAAACAGUCUGGUCUGGCAGAUCCUCGAAAUGUUAAGCAUAGAGUGACCAUAUGACCUAGCAAUUUUGCUCCUAGAUGUAUACCCAAGAGAAACAAAAACAUGUCCACACCAAAGUCUUGCAUCUAGAUGUUCAUAGCAGCAUUCAUUAAUAGCCAAAAAGAGGAAACAACCCAAAUUGUCCAUAAGCUGAUGAGUGGAUAGACAAAAUGUGGUAUAUCCAUACACUGGAAUAGUAUUCAGGGACUUAAAAAAGAAUGAAGUACUGGUAUAUGCUACAAUAAUGAUGACCUUUGAAAACGUUUUGAUAGAUAAAAGAAGCCAACACAGAAGGCCAUAUAUUAUAUAAUUCCAUUCAUGUGAAAUGUCCAGAAAAGGCAAAUCCAUAGAGAUAAGUAGAGUAAUGGUUGCCAGGGGUUGGAAGGAAAGGAGUUACUUGCUAAUAAUAUGUGGUUACUUUUUGUUGUGAUGAAAUUUGAAAUUAGUAGUGAUUUUUGCUCAAUUCUAGGAAUAUGCUAAAAACCCCAAAUUGUACAUUUUAAAAGUACAUCGUACAUUAAAAGGGUGAAUGUUGUGAUAUGUGAAUUAUCUCUCAAUCAAGCUGUUACUUCAAAUCAAAUCAGAUUCUGAGUAAAGAUUGCAGAUUGAAUACCUACAUCUAAUUUAUCUCGCUCACAGAUCCCACUAAAAACACAAUAAAAUGAUUGUUUUUAAAUCCACGUAGUUCAGGGAAAGUAGAAGAGACACCAACAGCAAAAUUUGGGAAAUGGAGUGCAGUUACAUGAGGUAACUGACUUAGUAGUUCCAAGAAAGCCAAAUUCUAAACUGGCACUUGGGAAAACCAAGAGCCGCCAUCCCACCUCAUGUCAUGGAAUUCUCAGAGUUGGUGGUACAAAGUACCUCUAGAAGUCAGAUAAAGCUGGAGAUUGGGGACAGGAUUGGUUGAAAGCUCUUUAUGAGAUUCCUUUUAAGAUUACGCAGCCCAAGAAACAGAUUGUUCCCAAAACAGUGGAGAGAGACUUUGAGAGGGAGUAUGGAAAACUCCAGCAGCUGGAAGAGCAGACCCGGAGGCUGCAGAAAGACAUGAAGAAGAGCACCGACGCCGACCUGGCCAUGUCCAAGUCUGCUGUAAAGAUCUCCUUGGACUUGCUCUCCAAUCCCCUCUGUGAGCAAGACCAGGACUUUUUGAACAUGGUGACAGCUCUGGACACGGCCAUGAAGCGGAUGGACGCCUUCAAUCAGGAGAAGGUGAACCAGAUCCAGAAGACUGUGAUUGAACCCUUAAAAAAGUUUGGCAGCGUCUUCCCGAGCCUCAACAUGGCGGUGAAGCGGCGGGAGCAGGCCUUGCAGGACUACCGCAGGCUGCAGGCCAAGGUGGAGAAGUACGAGGAGAAGGAGAAGACAGGGCCGGUGCUGGCCAAGCUCCACCAGGCCCGAGAAGAGCUCCGGCCCGUGCGGGACGACUUCGAAGCCAAGAACAAGCAGCUCCUGGAUGAGAUGCCCCGGUUUUACGGCAGCCGGCUCGGCUACUUCCAGCCCAGCUUCGAGUCCCUGAUCCGGGCACAGGUCGUGUACUACUCCGAGAUGCACAAGAUCUUUGGAGACCUGACCCAACAGCUUGACCAGCCAGGCCACUCUGACGAGCAGCGGGAGCAGGAGAACGAGGCCAAGCUGAGCGAGCUCCGAGCCCUCUCCAUCGUGGCCGACGACUGAAUUCCCAUUGCUUUCAGAGGACUUCUGGGACACAGCCUCUGUAGUCCUUGUCCUGUGCAGGGCAGGCUCUGCUCCUCCCGCAGGCUGGGGUAGGGGUGGCCCCGGUUGACCCUGGCAGCCCCGAGCAGUGAGCGGCUUCAUCCUGCAAGCUGCAGCCUCCCCCAAAGCCCCAGACGCAGGUAAGCAGCGUAGGAGCCCAGAGCUUCGCUUCCAGAAUUACCGUCCAAAGUACGUCCAGGCCUAGGGCCAGAGCAUGCUGUAGCCCCUCGGAGGGCGUGGGCUCCGCCAGCUCAGCUGAGGGUCUUCGCCCUGCCUGUGUGGCAGGAUCGUAUCUACCUCCAGAGACCCCAGCCAGGGACCCUUGUUGCCUUUUCACUUCAAAGACUCUUUUCCUAGGAGAGGCCACAACCCUGCCUGGGUGACAGAGAGCAGGCAGGCUGGUUCAGGUUCCCGAGGUAACUAAAGUAACUGCCCCACCACACAGAAUGUCACAUAUCAAUUCACAAGCCUCAGGGCACAAACGUGGGUUUGUCUCUCACCUGGAUAUGUGGGAUUUUAUUUUUUCAAGUAAAGUUUUCACUAAAAUGUC